AUGAUGAAGUGCAUGCACAUCUAUUUAUCGAUCUUAGGUGUCAUCGGUUUCGUUUCCAGUGAACACGAUUUCGAACGACGUGCCGCAUGUCCUGAUUCGAGCAUGUGCUUAUCACAAUGGGGUUAUUGUGGAACAGGACCUGACUAUUGUGGUACUGGCUGCCAAGCCGGACCUUGUACUGGUAGUGGAGGAAGUAGUGGUGGUGAUGGAACAAUCAUUAAUGAACAAACGUUUGCUUGUGCAUUCAAUACAAUUGACGCUGGAACAAGAUUAAAUCGAUUGAAUGGUUUGAGAAAUUCUGGUUGGAAACCAACGAAUAAAGAUGAAGCAGCCGUUUUUCUUGGUCAUGUCUUUCAUGAAACUGAUGGUCUUAAAACAAUCAGAGAAUAUUGUGCUCCGGGAUGCGGUUCACAUUAUGCUGGUUCAUGGUGUAGUAUCCAAGGUAAUCCAAAUAAAUUAUACUAUGGUCGUGGUUGGUUUCAAUUAUCUUGGCCGUGUAAUUACUAUGCUGCUGGACAAUCCUUAGGUAUCGAUCUUCUUAAUAAUCCUGAUUUAGUUGAACAACAACAAGAUAUAGCAGUCAAAACCGCUAUUUGGUUUUACAAUGCCAAUAAUAUGGCUGCUCCAGCUAAACAAGGAGAUUUUGCAGCAACAACACGAAUUAUUAAUGGAGCAUUGGAAUGUAAUGGAGGACCAGGUACAAAUAAUCAAAUGGCUCGUGUUGCAACAUAUCGUCGUAUUCGACAUUGUUUUGGUCUUGGAGAACCAACUCGAAAUCCAGUCUGUUAA